AUGUCGGAGAUACUCGCGGCGGUGCGGGGAUUCCACGAGGAGCCGGCGGAGGCCAAGGCACCGUACUACAGCCGGGACCUUGGUCGGCCCGUGAGGUACUGGAGCAACUUCGACCUGUUCCAGUCACCGGCGGCCCAGUGGUGCGACACCUUGUACAUGGAAACGACGCCGGAGCUGCCGCCACCGGAGGAGAUCCCACCCGCGUGCCGGCCCAUCGCGCUGGAGUACGGGAGGCUGAUGCAGCAGCUGGGACGCACCCUGCUUGAGCUGCUGUCGGAGGCGCUGGGCCUUCACAGUGGCCACCUGGAGGAGGACGCGGCAUGCCUGGAGAGGCUCGCCGGCCACUACUACCCGUCCUGCCCGGAGCCGCACCUGACACUGGGUACCACACGCCACUCCGACCCUUGCUUCCUCACCGUGCUUCUCCAGAACGCCGUCGGCGGCCUCCAGGUGCUACUCAAGGAAGACUACUAUGGCGGCAACAACAACAACAACAACAACAACAACAACAACAACAACAACAACAACAACAAGUCGUCUGUGGUGUGGGUGGACGUACCGGCGGUGGAAGGUGCGCUGGUGGUGAAUGUCGGUGACUUCCUGCAGAUCGUCUCCAACGACAGGUUCAAGAGCGUGGAGCACCGCGUGGUGGCCCAGAGCACCGGGUCUCGCGUCUCCGUGGUCUGCUUCUUCCGAAGACAGGACGCGCCCACGUCCACCAGAGUGCUAAGGCCAAUCGUCGCUGACGGCGAGGCGCGCUUCAGGAGCACGACGAUGGCAGAGCUGAUCCAGCACAACAGGGCCAAGGGCCUCGACGGCAGCUCUGCGCUGCAGCACCUGAGGCUCUGA